CAGUGCUCCAAAGAUAAUAACAAAAAAAGCUACCAACUCCGUCGUUCAUACCACUGAAGCCUUACUCUAAUUACUUGCGCCGCCCGGCAGCCUAAAUUAUGCGCCUCUUCAAGACACGCAAGUCCAUCGACACAUUUGGCAGCGCUAACACCAACACCACCAGCAUCCAUCCGUCAUAUCAGCAGCACUAUAACAACGGCACACAAACCGCCACGCCCACACCGACCGCCACAACAUGCGCCGUCAAAUUCAGCAAAACCAUCGCCGGCAGCACAGCCAUUUCAUCGUCGCUACCCGAUCUGCAUGAUUCGCCCGUCAUGAUCCUAAGCUGUACGAAUCUGAGCGCUAGCCACACGCCCACACCGCGCACACCCACCAGCGUCGGCGUGCUGAGCGCCAGCAAUAGCGGCGCCUCCACACAAACGCACUCACCUGCCGCAGUUGGUGGCGCAGGUGGUGGCAGCUACACACACAACUACAGCAGCCACAAUAGCAGCGGACGUCAAACGCCGUCAGCGCUGUCGGUGGCUUCAUUGAAUGAUGCUGCGCUGCAGCGAUUGCAUCACCAUCAUCAACAGCAACAGGGACAUCACAGCACCACACACUUAUUUCAAAAUGGCAGUGGCGGCGUUGGAGGCGGUGGAGGCGGCAGCAAGUGCAAAAGUAACACUUUGUUGGUGAAUUAUGGUGGCAGCAGCAAUAAUAUUGCGACAGCGCAACAUUAUUACCAAAAACUCGGCCAGCAGACCUUGGGGCAACAGCGCAACAGCUCGUCAUCGAGUAGCUGCAUCUACGAGAAAAGCAGAAAUGCGAGUUGCCACAAUAUUUCAUUGAUGCCGAAUGGCGACAAGGCAGGUGGCGGCGCUGGUGGCAGUGGCGGUGUCACACCAAUGAAGAGUUGCAGUGGUUCAACAAUAUCGCUGAUGGCGUCAAACGGUCAUUUGCCCAACUAUCAAUUGGUCACCGCAGUGCCUGUUGUCAUAUUGGAUGACGAAAAGAAAACCACAUCAAACGGCGGCACGACAACUGCAAAUGCGGCAACGACCUCAACAACAUCCGCUACAACAACAGCAACACCAGCGAGCAUAACUGCCAAUAGCGCCACAAGAAAUGUCUUCACGUGGGGCAAGCGCAUGGGCCGCAAGCUGGAUAUAUUGAAGCGUAGCGACACCACAAACACACAUAAGUCACACACAGACCUGCGUUCGUUGUUUCACACAUCCACACAUAACAACAAUAACAACAACAAUGAUAAUGCCAAGGACAACUAUCAGACGCACACGCUGAAGAAAUGCAAAUCCGGACCCAUCGAGACCAUCAAACAGCAACAAAAGCAACAACAACAGAAGAAAGAGCAAAGAGAACAACAAAACAAGCCGCAGGAACAACAACUGCAAAAUGGCGAGGCACACAAUAAAAACCAACAAAAACAAGAGAAAGCGAAGGAACACAGCAGCCACGCCAGCGGCGCACAGUCGAGCACGCCGGCGCAGUCGAACGCCCAACAGCGCUCACAGAAGGCGAUCAAGAAUUUCUUCCAUCGCAUCGGUUCCACCGGCAUGCUCAACCACAAGUCACACAACCUGAUUAAAGCCGCCGAACCGAGCGGCACGACCGCCAGCAAUCUAUACCGCAGCAGUUCCACUAGUCAGCUGACCAGCUCUUCGUACAUCAAGUGUGACGAUCCCACGGAGGGUCUAAACUUGGCCAACAAUCGCCAGAGCAAGGUGCAGAAGGGCACCGCAAACGUCGCGACAAAUCUGAAAUCGAGCAGCUGCGAUGACAUCGCCAAAGUAGGCACGAGCAACUCGCCGAAUGGCGAUGACGCAACGCUGAGUGCACAAACGCAGACCACUGCUACCGGUCAGGGUGGCGCGGCCGGUCAAGAGUCAACCAACCGGCGCGGCGCUUUCCCCUACGCAUUUCUACGCUCGCGUCUCUCCGUUUUACCGGAAGAAAAUGGCGGUUCGGUGAUGAAGCAACCAUCACUCAGCAGUCUGCAUACAAUGGACACUGGCGGCUUACAAGCGCUGCACCAGGCGGCGGUGCAGUAUAUGCAAGCGGGUCAGCAACGCUCACCAACACCGCAGCAUCGGAACUCCACGUCAAUGCUACCCAGUGAUGUAACGACGUUGACCGAUGGCACUUUGGACGCCAUAUCGCUGGCAAGCACUUCUCCAAAUCACCAGCAAAAGGUGAUUUAUCGGAAUGGCGCCCUGAUCAAGCGCUACUCGUCGGACGACAGUGCGAUCAGCAAUUGCUCGCCACAGCAGACGUCGGCUGCCGUCGGUGCAAGCGCUUGCAAUGGUGUGUAUGUGAACGGCGAGGUGCUGGUGUCGCGCAACAACAGCCUCUCCUCCAAGGACUGGGAACCACUUUACCAAAGAUUAAGUAGUUGUCUAAGUUCGAACGAGUCGGGUUACGACAGUGACGGAGGUGGCGGCGGCGGCGUCGGCGUUGGCGGUGGAGGGGUUGCCAACAACAGCAGUGUUGGAAGCAGUGAAAGUACAUGUGGCAGUGUUAUUUACCUCGGCAAUAACACGAACACACAACUGCUGGGCAAUAAUCUUGGUAUCUCCAGUGGAGAUACGGAAUCUAUUGCGUCGGGUACGUUGAAGCGGAACUCGCUGAUUUCACUAACCUCCUCCGAAAGUGGCGUCGGUUGUGGCGGACUGCGCAGCAGUAGCAUAUGCAGCACGACAAGUGGUUCCGUGUCGCUGGGCGGCUACAACUAUGACUAUGAGACGGAGACCAUACGUCGGCGUUUCCGCCAAAUCAAGUUGGAGCGUAAGUGUCAGGAAGACUGCAUUGGAUUGGUUUUGUCGCCGAAGACUGUGAUGACCUCGGCAAAUGAGCAGCAAUACCGUUACCUGAUAGUCGAGAUCGAUCCGUAUGGCAUGGCGCAAAAAGAUGGCCGCCUGCGCAUUGGUGACGAAAUUGUCAACGUGAACGGUAAGCAUUUGCGCGGCAUGCAGUCCUUUGGCGACGUGCAGCGUCUGCUGUCGACAUUCGUCAACAACUGCAUCGACUUGGUGAUUGCGCACGACGAGGUCGCCACCGUCACUGACUUUUAUACUAAAAUAAAAAUCGACGGCAGCGCUGGACAGGCGUACAACUCAAUGCUAUCCUUGCAUGGAGGCAACGAACCAGCGUCCGUCUCAGCGCCGCCCACCGCCAAUCCACAAAGUGAGUAUUUGGCACGCGCCCGCAAGCGGCUCAGCUAUACGCAGCGCACGCAGAGCACGGACAGCAUAAACUAUGAUCUGCAAAGUCUACAGAUGGCGCUGGAGAGUGAGGAUGAGCGCCAGAAGCGAAGACCAUCAUCGGAGGUAAUAGACGCCAACGCUAGUGAGCUGGAUGUCGACGAUGACGCGCGUUCACUGGCUAGUGUAACGACAAUGCAUUCGCUGAGCUCGAUGCCCACGCCAAUGCCGCUAAUGCAACAUAGGCGCUGCUCCACACCGCGUCACUCCAUGGAUACAACGGCAAAUGGUGGUGAGUUUGCUGCCGAGCACAUAAGGCGUCGCGCGCGUUCCUCUUCGGGGCAACGCAACCUCGAGUUGACGCCGCUGUACAAUGCCAGCGCCGAGUAUACGCCGGUGUAUGCGAAUCGCGCGUCCAGCAUAUCGCUGUCUACGCACACGAUCAGUGACGAUGAAAAGUGGCAGCUGUUGGCGCGCAAGCGUUGCUCUGAGGGCGCGGCAUUGCUGCGCGUUCAGCAGCAACAGCAACUGCACCAACAGCAGUCGCAGGACGAGCUGUUGACAGGUUGUGGACGCGUAGCGGGCAAUCGUAGUGCGUCGCUGACCUAUGGUGCGUCGGCGCCACUGGCUGCCGCUGCAUUUUUGGAUACUGUCGAUGGUGCCGGCGGCCAGUCACAGCAACAAGCGUCAGCGUUUCCGUCGCGCACGCACUACACGCGCAACUCCAUCAACCUGUCCAACUCGCAUUAUCGCUCGCUGCGGUUCGCGCAUUCGCGUCUCAGCUCCUCGCGCUUGAGUCUAUUCAUACAGCCGCCUGCCGGUGGCGCCACCGAGGGCGGCAGACUAACAGCAACAACAGCUACCGCUAACAACAAUAACAGUAAUUACCAAAACUCCAAAGCCACUAAUAGUACAAAUAAUACUAAAACACAAACAACAACAAGCACCACUACACCAACAACAACAACAACAACACAAAGGGCGACGUCAGUGGCCAGCAGAGCGCCUGCAAGUGGCGCUGCCAGCACUGAUAGCAACACCACCGACGAUGAUGUGCGUCAUCAGCGCAGACAACAACAACAGCUACAGCAGCAGCAACAACAACAACAAGCGUCGUCUGAUCUCACUAAUAACACUAAUACAAAUGUUAAUCCUUUUCACCUCAUUUCUUACCAACAACAACAACAACACCACCAAAACUUAACCGAACAACAACCACACCACCAGCAGCGUCAUCACGCAACGCCUACACCUUUAUAUCAACAGCAUUUAACCGUACCAUCAACUUCUAUGCCCACAGCAUUAACCAGUGCGAGUUCGAAUUCGAAUACAACAACAAGUGCAAAAGCUGCGGCAACACAUUCACUUCAAUAUCAUCGCCCUUCAUUGCCCGCGGCGAAACUAACAAUCCGCGACGAAGAAAUGGCCGAAGUCAUUCGCGCUUCGAUGAGCGACGGCGCCAGCCGCUCCACGCCAAAGACCAUCACUUUCUUCAAGGGGCAUGGCAUGAAAUCGCUGGGAUUCAGCAUUGUUGGCGGACGCGACUCGCCAAAAGGCAAUAUGGGUAUUUUCGUAAAGACUGUAUUCCCUUCGGGGCAAGCGGCGGACGAUGGCACACUGCAGGCGGGCGAUGAAAUAGUCGAAAUUAAUGGCACCUCGGUGCAGGGCAUGAGCCACGCUGAAACCAUACGCCUGUUCAAGGAUGUGCGCGAGGGUGCAAUAGUGCUGAAGGUGUUGAGAAGGAAGUUACAAAAGGCGAAAUCAAUGGGCGCUUAAGGUGGACCAGAAACCACCGCAUGUAAAGUGUUAUCACGAGGCACGGCCGCUUGUUAAAUAUUAAUAUAUUUUAAUUUAAUUUAAUUAAAUGUAAAAAUAAAUAUUUAAAGUAUGCAGUUACGUAAGUUAGUGUUAAAAAUGUUUGUAAUGUCAUAAUAUAGUCUAAUUUAUAUAGUGAUAAGCUCGAGCUUGAUUUUAAACAAUGAAAUAAAGUAUUAAAUUGUAUUCGCGGUUUUUAAUUUUUUUUUUAAGAUAUAUGCGAAGGAUAAAAAGAUAGGCCAAAAAUGAAGUUCUGAAUAAUAA